GUGUGCCAAUUUUGACUUUGUGGCUGUGGAAUCUGUGGCUAUAGAAGCUCGUGUAAACCCUGGACUACUCUGGUAUUACCCGCCCCUUCCCCUCUCAGCCUAUCAGUGCUUACUUCUCUACCGGAAGUUCUGGCCGAACUCUACGCGGGAAAGCAAUGUUGUUUUUCGCUGCUCUCUGAUUGUUUACUCGACUCCUCGCGGGACGCAGCAGAAAAGUUAAACAGUGGAAAAAACUGUAGCAAGAUGAAGGUGAUAACAUGUGAGAUUGCGUGGCACAACAAAGAGCCUGUCUACAGUCUGGACUUCCAGCACAACUCUGAGGGCUGCAUACACAGGCUGGCCACAGCAGGAGUGGACACCACUGUCAGGUUGUGGCGUGUGGAGAUGGGGCCUGAUGGGAAGGCUGUGGUGGACUUCCUGUCCAACCUGGCACGGCACACCAAGGCUGUCAACGUGGUGCGCUUCUGCCCCAACAGCGAGCUGCUCGCAUCUGGAGGAGAUGAUUCAGCCAUCCUGCUGUGGAAGCUGAACGACAGUAAGGAGCCUGAGCAGACCCCGUCGUUCCAGGAGGAGGAGGAUUGUCAGCUCAACAAGGAGAGCUGGAGCGUGGUCAAGACCCUGCGGGGACACAUUGAGGAUGUGUAUGAUAUCAGCUGGACCCGGGAUGGGAACUUCAUGGUCUCUGGUUCUGUGGACAACACUGCCAUUAUGUGGGAUGUAACAAAGGGUCAGAAGCUGUGCAUCUUUAACGACCAUAAGAGCUAUGUGCAGGGAGUGACCUGGGACCCGCUGGGCCAGUAUGUGGCCACACUCAGCUGUGACAGGGUGAUGCGUGUGUACAGUACUCAGAGCAGGAGGAAGGCCUACAGUGUCAGUAAGAUGAGCUCUGGAUCAGCUGCGGAGGGAGAGGUGAAACAGUACCGAAUGUUCCAUGACGACAGCAUGAGGUCUUUCUUCAGACGCCUCACCUUCACACCGGACGGCUCCUUCCUGCUCGCCCCAGCGGGGUGUGUGGAGGCAGGGGAGAACAUCACCAACACCACCUACGUCUUCUCCAGGAAGAGCCUCAAGAGGCCCAUAGCUCACCUGCCCUGCCCUGCUAAAGCCACCCUGGCUGUACGCUGUUGCCCCGUCUACUUUGAGCUGAGGACCAAGAAGGGAGAGGAUGGCAGUGCCCAGCCCCUGCCCAACACGUUUGGCUUGCCCUACAGACUGUUGUUUGCUGUGGCCUCCGAGGAUUCCAUCUUCCUCUAUGACACUCAGCAGACCCUACCCUUCGGCUACGUCUCCAACCUCCACUACCACACACUCAGCGACCUCACCUGGUCUCGAGACGGUUCCUUCCUGGCGGUGUCGUCUACAGACGGCUACUGCUCCUUCCUGUCCUUCUCCCCUGGCGAGCUGGGCACCCCCCUCAAGGAGCCCCCCGUCCUGGAGGUCGUCACCCCUGGCAACGGCCCUGAAAAGAAGGGCAAGAAGGCUGCAGCGGCCCGCACGGUGUCCCCUGUCCCCAAAACCACAGAGAGCACCGCCCCUGUUCACCCCAACCCUAAAGAGGCCCCCAGCACCCCCCUAUCCUCCCUCACCUCCCCUGCCACUCCUCUGGCCCCUGGAGGAGAGGAGAAGAAGAACCCUGGCAAAGCCAAGCCCCAGCCCCGUAGGAUCACCCUCAACACCCUGGAGGGGUGGGGCAAGCCCAGCACCCCCAAAGCGCCUGCUGCUAGUGCCCCCAAAACCCCCACCACAGCCAGCAUCAGCACACUCGCCACCCCCCAGCAGCCUAGCCUUACCCCCAACACCCCCCUCAACCCCUCUACCCCCAACACCCCCCUCUCCCCCUCUAUAUCCCAGCCCUGCCUCACCCCAAAGGCCCAAUGCAGCAGCGGUAAAACCCUGGGCCCCAGCACCCCUAAAGGACCCGCCCCCAGACGGAUAUCUCUGACUCCCUUCGUCUCCAGAUCUCCAGCUGCCUUCACCACACCCUCCUCCACAGAGAAAGCCAAACAUGAACGGCCCUCUCCCCCCACUGACCCUGUGUGUCAGCCCCCAGAGUCCAAGCGGCCCAAGACCAGCACCCUGGCAGGCAAGACAGGGGUGGCUCCAGCCUCAGGGUCCACACCCAACCCCUAAGGACCCCACGCUACCAAGAACACUGAAGCAUGAGUACAGAGCAGCACAGAGAGAGUGGUGUCAACAUGCAACUCACAUAUUAUCAUCCUACACACACACACACACUUUGACACACACUAUCACAUUCGCACUCUCACACACACACUUUUGGAGUCUAGCCUAUAAAACUGCAUAGAGACUGGUGUUCUCAGCUAACACUCGCGUACAUGCUCACAAGAGUUCACAGAGCGAAGACUGGCGUUUCCUCCUAACAUUAUUCUGUACGUUUUUGUAACUUGACGUUCUGAAUCUGUAGCACCUUUUGGUGGAUAACCAGGUUGUUAUUGUAAAAUGAAAAUAAAGGAUAAGAAACAAGAAGUUUAAGUUAAGAUAAACCACCUCAGUCCAAAUGAAGCCUAGCUCAAGUAUGAAACGCAAUGGACAUUGACUUUUGUCUGAAUUAUUGUCUGUAUUAGUGUUAUAUUGGUACACUAUAUAUACAAAGUUAUGUAUACAACGUAUGUGAAAACCCCUUCAAAUUAGUGGAUUCUGCUAUUUCAGCCACACCUCAACCCCAUCAAACACUUGGAACGUCGAAUGCAAGCCAGGCGUAAUCGUCCAACAUCAGUGCCCGACCUCACUAAUGCUCUUGUGGCUGAAUGGAAGCAAGUCCCUGCAGCAAUGUU